AUGGAAAGGCCAAAGUAUUACCCAGGAUUUUGUAAGCAACUAGGAGCAAAAGGAAGGAGGUGCAUGUUGGAACUGAUCAGGAGAGUGUACAGGGAAAAGACUUCCGAUUGCAAAAAUAUUUUGGCUCAUAAAUUAAAACCUCCUGCUUGUAUCUCAAACCUCCCAUUUUUCAACAUCACUAUGUUGUGGAAGCUGUCGUAUGAGUUUGGUGUUUUUGAGGAAGCGCUAAAGAUACACCGGAUUUAUGGACAGAGCGCUGGGGCAUUAAAUCAGUUUUUAAAUGGGGGAGGCAUUACAAACGGAGCGAACCCAAUAGGAGAAGAAAAAAAGGAACGCGUCCUCACUAGUAAUAACCACAUGGAGGAAGCGCGUCCCAAUUUUUUGUACAAUGACAGCUGCGAGUCGUGCAGGAUGAACAGGGAGUAUAGCAGACGGAGCCUCCUAAAGGAGGGCCACAAGGAGGAAGAAGAAGGAGAAGCGGAUGAGGAAGAAGCGGAGGAUGAGGAAGAAGCGGAGGAUGAGGAAGAAGCGGAGGAUGAAGGAGAAGCGGAGGAUGAGGAAGAAGCGGAGGAGGAAGACGAGGAGGAGAGGGAGCCAAUCAAGACGUACGAAAUAAAAAACGGCUUGAAGGCAGACUCCGUGAAGGCAGACGCUGUGGAGAAAUUACUCUCCAGCUUUAUGCACAUCAGCAACGCAAUACUGCUUCACCUUAAAAAAAAUAAAGGUACCUGUCGUCCCCCCAAGUCACGAUACAGUUUGCUAAGUGACCACUGCUUGUUGUUAAUCCCGAUAAAACAGCAGAAUAGGAGAAAGAGAGGAAGGAGCAAUACACAUAAAGGAAACGAACCCAAUGCACAGCGGAGUAUUCAGCAUGAGGAUGAUCGGGGGGUACAACAGAUUAAAAGAAACGAUCGAGUCCUCCACGAGAUGAUAAAACAGUACGUCAUGGACAAGAAGGAAAAAAAAAUUCUGCAAAAGAACGAAAUUAUGGCCAAAGAAAAGAACGUUAUUAACUGCCUGAAAAAUAAAAAAAAAAAAUUUUGCAACAUGAACACUCCAAAAGUACACAGAAUGAGGAACAACAUGGAGGGCAGAAGAGUUGAGACGGAGGACCUCAUGAAUUUUUUACGACAGAGGGAGGUUGCAAAGAGGGGAACUACCAAGCAAGCCCCCCUUUGGUAG